UUCUGCGGCGACUGCAGGUGAGCGCGCUCACGCGCCUCCGCUCCGGCCAGGCUCGGGUGCGCGCGCGCGCCGGCGUGCGGGGGAGGCGGCCGAGAGCGAGACUGCGGCGCCUGUCGCCUCUGCUCCGCCCCCUCCUCCUCCUUCUCCGCCGUCGCGGCCGCCGCCGAGGCCCGGAGGGAGGGAGUCGCGUCCCCGCCCGCCGCGCCGCCAGUCGGACCCUUGGUCUCGCCGCGUGAGGAGCCAGCCGAGCGGAGCUCUGCGCGGAGACCCGGGCCGCGGCCGCCCCCUCUGCAGGUGCCUGUGAGGAAGCGCCCGGGCCGCAGCCGCGUCCCCAGCCCGCCGGCCGCGCACUCGCUCCCUGCGCUCCCGAGGGGCGGCCCGGCCGGAGGAGGCCGCCGCGGGGCCCGGCCUCAGCAUGAACCGCAGUCACCGGCACGGAGCGGGCAGCGGCUGCCUGGGCACCAUGGAGGUGAAGAGCAAGUUUGGAGCUGAAUUUCGUCGGUUUUCACUGGAAAGAUCCAAACCUGGAAAAUUUGAGGAGUUUUAUGGAUUACUGCAACAUGUUCAUAAGAUACCCAAUGUUGACGUUUUAGUAGGCUAUGCGGACAUCCAUGGAGACUUACUACCUAUAAACAAUGACGAUAAUUAUCACAAAGCUGUUUCAACGGCCAACCCACUACUUAGGAUUUUUAUACAAAAAAAGGAAGAAGCAGACUACAGUGCCUUUGGUACAGACACACUAAUAAAGAAGAAGAAUGUUUUAACCAACGUAUUGCGUCCUGACAACCAUAGAAAAAAGCCACAUAUAGUCAUUAGCAUGCCCCAAGACUUCAGACCCGUGUCUUCUAUUAUAGACGUGGAUAUUCUCCCAGAAACACAUCGUAGGGUUCGUCUUUACAAGUACGGCACUGAGAAGCCCUUAGGAUUCUACAUCCGGGAUGGCUCCAGUGUCAGGGUAACACCUCAUGGCUUAGAGAAGGUCCCAGGGAUCUUUAUAUCCAGACUUGUCCCCGGAGGCCUGGCUCAAAGCACAGGACUGUUAGCUGUGAAUGAUGAAGUCUUAGAAGUCAACGGCAUAGAAGUUUCAGGGAAGAGUCUUGAUCAAGUGACAGACAUGAUGAUCGCCAACAGCCGCAACCUCAUCAUCACGGUGAGACCAGCAAACCAGAGGAACAAUGUUGUCCGGAACAGUCGGACUUCUGGCAGCUCUGGCCAGUCCACUGAUAACAGCCUUCUGGGCUAUCCCCAGCAGGCAGAACCGAGCUUUGAGCCAGAGGAUGAAGACAGUGAUGAGGACGACAUUAUUAUUGAAGGUAACGGAGUGCCGCAGCAGAUUCCGAAAGCUGUUCCCACUACCGAGAGCCUGGAAUCACUAACGCAAAUAGAACUCAAUUUUGAAUCUGGACAGAAUGGUUUUAUUCCUUCUAAUGAAGUGAGCUUAGCCCCCGUCGCAAGUGGCACAGGUACAGAAACACGUGCUCCAGAUCAAAAACUCUUAGAAGAAGACGGAACGAUCAUAACACUAUGAAACCUUUGUCUGAAUGUCACCAUAGGGACUUGUAAAUUCGGCUAGUUUAAAGCAUAUAUACCUCUGAACCAGUGACCUGGAGUAGGCAUGAGAAAAAUAAUAUUGCAAGCUUAAAAUGUUAUUAAAAUAGUAGUUUGAUAAUUGUUAAUACAAACUUUGGUUUGUCAGAGGUGAGUUUAAGUCUAAAAGGGGCCUUUGCUAAUGAAAUUAUGUGCUUUUGCUAUUUUGUCUACAGAGAACUGGAUGUUAGGGCACGUUCUCAGAACUACGAGAGGGCCAGAUCAUUUCCAUUCAAAGUGGUUGUGUAUUUAACCUGCUGUGCAGAGCCCGGUUAGCUUUUUCUUUUAACCAUAUAUUUUUUUAAUUCUAAUGUGAAGAAGUCCGAUUCUGUCCUUUGGUACCUUGGGGACCUCAGCUCCUAUGUUUCUUGUAUUUUAUCUUGAUUUUUUAAUGUUAUUCUUCCGUUGCUAAUUGUUACAAGUCAUUUUUUCAAAUGCCUUCUUUCCCCCCUAAUUUCUAAGAAAUCGAACCAAUUGACUGUUUUUAGGAAUUGCUUCCUAGGUCAUAAAGCAUUGAAGCCAUGGUCUUGAAUCAAGAAACUGUAACAGUUGUCCAGGUUAAAAGUUUGUUCAUCCUAUAGCUUUCCUAUUUACGAACUCAUUCCAUAUGUGUAUGACUUACGUUGUAAAAGGCAGUUCCAUCAACUGGUGAUACUUGAGACCCCCUUAAUCUCUUCUGUCUCAUUCCCAUCUCAUUGGAAAUCAUUCCUUUUGUCGUUAGUGUUUUGUUGGCGUGCUUUUAUACUCUUUUCACAUAUUUGAGUAGUAUGAAUCAUUUUGGAUUAAAAAAUGCACCCAAAUUAAGAGAUUUUUACACACAGGACAAACUUGUGCACUUUUUGUAUGAGAUACGUGGGUUUUCCUUACUGGGAUUUCUAGGGACACUGCCUACACUUUAUGAGAAAUAAUAUAGUAUUCACCUUGGACAGGUAGCAUUUAUUGCUAUUAAUUUUAUGAGGCUAUUUAUUAUUUUCCGAUGCACCCACUUAGGACAAGUUGAAGGUAAGGCUGCUAGCUCCCAACCCUCGCCUGAUUCCACUGGACAACGUGCACAAGCACCGCUUGUAUAUAGAAACUAAGAAGAGUGUGGGGCGCGCACACGUUCCCUGUGGCUUACGGAUUUUCCUCUCUGAGUUAUUUAUUAUUAAUUUUAUGGUAGGGCUAGGACAGAUGGAUACCUUUAUAACAAUUGUGUGCUAUUGAAACAAUGAAGAAUUAAAUGGCUCCGUUUUGAAGGAUAUUUUCUCUCUGGUAAAAACAUGAAGAAGUCUGGAUUAGAUGAAGGUGGCUGGACUCAGAACACUUCAUGUAUUUUGCUCACGGCACCACUAAACUGACAACCGCACAACAUUAUGUGACACUGUACUUUUUCGUUGAAGUCACCCAAGUUCUUCCACUUCUAUACCACUAUUUUUUAACGGCAUUCCAGCUUUAACAUUCUGUGAGUUGAUACAAAUUUGACUCUUGAAUGGGAAAAUGUUAACACAUAGGUUAAAUUUCAUGCAUAUUUUAAGCGGUGCAGGGGUUUAACAUUUUAAGUAAAAAUCCUUUCACACACUACCUCUCUCUCCCUUUUUUUUUUUUUUUUUUUUAACAAAGUUUUAACAUCAGAACUUCUCUCUUGGGAAAAAUACUUCAGGGCUUGACUUUUUGUACACAUUUUAACUAUAAAGUACAGAUUUGUCUUGUAUGUAUUCACGGAAAUGGAAAUCAAAGCUGCUAGUGCUUUUUAUUUUAAUUAUCCUGCUAAGGGUAUAUAUGAGUGGUGUUUUAAGCUAGAUUUCUCAUUUAAAUUAUUGGUGACGUAAUUGAUUACUAGACGUAUUGUAAAGCCAGUAUAGACCUUGGUUAUACAAUAAAAUGUCAAAUCAUUGGCAGUCUCAAUUAUUUCAGGUGUACCUUAUUAACAAAAAUAUCAGUGGACUCCACAUAAAAUUUUGUAGUACUAAAUGUCAAGCCUAACUGUGAAUUUUGUUCUGUAUCUUGAGUAAAUUUAUGAUGUUCUCAUGAGCUAUCAACAAAAAUAUAUGUACUUUUGUGAACUAUGAAUUUUCUAAUUAAAUUUUACAUGCAACAUGA